AUCCUCACUGCAUCUUUGAGCAGCUUCCAAGAUUCACUAGUUUUCUGGAAGCUCCAAAACUUUCUUGGCUACGAGUUUGAUUGAAAACACCUGCGAGCUGUUCUUUCCUAACAAGAAACAGAAACUCACUAACUGCUGUGGGGUGCAUUGUUUCCCAACAGUUUCUUUAUUUCUAAAGAACAUAUUGGGCAACAUUGUGUCUGAUGAUAUCCAUCCAGUGAGACGAUCUGUACGUCGAAUGCCAGAUUCAAGCGUCUAAAUUCAAACUGACCACAAAUCAAACUUACACCUCCUCUCUUCUCUCUUUCCCAGGAUGCUUUGCGUGUAUAUCUUCCUGUUGCUGACUCUGAGCAGAGUGGGGCUGGGCUCUCUGCAGGAUAAACAGACUGACUUUGGCCUGAAGGUCUUCUCACAGCUGGCCCAGGAUUCUGCAGACAAGAAUGUGGCCUUGUCUCCGUACGGCGUGGCCUCCGUCCUGGGCAUGGCUCAGCUCGGUGCUGCUGGAAACACCCGCAAGGCUUUAACUGCUGCCAUGGGCUUUUCUCUGCAAGAGCGAGGCAUGUCCCGGCAGCAGCGCCUGCUGCAGCGGGAUCUGUCCAGUGAGGAGGGCGUGGACACAGCCAGCGGGGUCAUGGUGGAGAGGAAGAUGAGCCUGGAGAAAGGAUACCGCCGCGCCCUGGCCAAGGCCUUCCAGACCCACCCCAACCAGGUGGACUUCACCAAGCCAGACCAGGCAGUCGGCAUCAUCAACUCCUGGGUCUCAGACCACACUGCAGGUUCCAUCCCUGAGUUCUUGACAUCUGGAUCUCUGAAUGAUGCGACCCGCCUGGUCCUCCUUAACGCCCUCCACUUCCAGGGCCUGUGGAAGGUGCCCUUUGACCCCAAACUGACACAGGAGAGGAUGUUCCACUGCGCCAACGGCAGCAACGUCCCCGUGCACAUGAUGAGACUCACCAACCGCUUCAACUAUGGCGAGUUUGUCACCGCCGACGGCGUGGACUAUGAUGUCAUUGAAGUCCCAUACGAGGGCGACUCACUGAGCAUGCUCCUGGUGUCCCCCUUUGAGCCGGAAGUUUCUCUGAGCACGCUCAGUGCAGACUUGAGCAGCCAGAAGAUUAAGCAAUGGAGAUCUGAGCUCAGGAGUGUGAAGCGACAGCUGGCCGUGCCCAGGUUUACUCUGAACUCUGAGGUGGAUUUGAAGAGUGCUCUGCUCAAGAUGGGUCUGGGAGACAUGUUCAACCUGGCUACUGCCGACUUCACACGCAUCACCACUGAUGAGCGGCUGUGUGUGUCCAAGGUUCUGCAGAGAGUGAAGAUCGAGGUGAAUGAGCGAGGGACCAAAGGAGCAGCAGCAACAGCUGCUGUGAUGUUUUCUCGUAUGGCGGUGGAGGAGCUCACUCUGGACCGACCCUUCCUCUUCCUCAUCCAGCACAAACAAACAGGUGCUGUUCUGUUCAUGGGCCAGUUGAACCAGCCUCAACAACAGUAAGCCUGCCUUCAUCCCACUGUGUCUGACUCCUGCUGCUCACACAUGGUGCCCACAGCAGACCUACUGCAGGGCUCACAGGACUGAAAACCUAUUUAUAUUAUACUAAAUACAGGAAGACUGGGCCGAAGAGAUUCACCACGACUGGCAUUUGGAACAUGAUCGACUGAGAGUUUAUAUGUUUGCUUUUAUUUAUUUCUCUGAAUGUUUGUGGUUGAUAAGACAGAAAGAAAGAAAGAAACAUGAAGGAAAAUUAACUAAUUAAGUACUUUAUUGUUGUCUGACACACCAUUGCACUGCAUUAGUACCAAACCAGAUGUAUUUUUAUCUAUUUUUUACAAUGUUAUGUCUAUUUUUGUUAUUGCCUUGUUGUUGCAAAGGUACAUUUGUAUUUUGCCAUAUUUAUAUUUAUUAAAAUACUAAGU